AUGCGCUUGCGCUGCAUCGGUCUUCUGGCUGCUGCGGCGGCAGCGGUUGCUGCACUCCCAUGCGCCGCACAUUCUUCUGACUUCGAUAAGAGUGAGCCCAGUUCCCCGAUCACUGGACGCUCAGCUGUCGAUGGCCGCGACGGCACUGCUGUGAGUCAGACGAGCGACUUAGCGAGUGGGGAAGAGAGGAGGAGGCUGAGAUCCAGUAGUAAGGCCGCCUUCGAUGUUGAUGAAGCUGCAGAGAGAUUCGCGCACCUUUUACCUGACAAAUUUGGGCCGCACAUCCGUUCAACCUUAGGAGGGCAAGUGCAAACACUGAACGUACAAGCCGUGAAGAACUACAUGCACUCGAGCGAUCGUCACGUGGACAAGAUGAGACUAUUGUUUGAAGCUAAUGAAGACGGCCGAACAGCACUCGCAAAGGUCAUUUUUUCGAAGAUUAUCAUGGCGGAGAAGAAGCGCAUAUUGAAAGAAACUGAACUCGUGCGGAGUAAGAUUUCGAUGGAGCACGACCCUGUAAAGGUCGUCAGAGCUUUAAUGGAACGACCCGACUUGAAUCUUGAAGACGAUCAUUGUAUGCGCAUCCUGGAAAAUUAUAUCAGCCAAUAUAACUGGGAGCAUCGAGGAACGGAUGAGGGCUACACGUUGGACGGUGUGAUGUCGGCAGCCCGUAACAGCAUGGGCGAACACGCCCGUCGACUCUCGGUUGCGCAGACGAGCGCAGGUGACGAGAGUGCCGCAAAGCCUCUGCACGAAAGGCUGAUAAAAGCUGGCGGCCAAUGA